UUAAUAUUUAUAUUUGACUUAAGCGGCUCUAAUGUUUAUUAUAACAACAUUAUGGCGACGAUCGUAGACAUCAAAUUAAAGCGAGCAAGCAAAGUAUAUCGUGAAGGUGAUGUACUUUCUGGUGUAGUUAUUAUUCAAAGCAAAUCAGAAGUUCAUCACCAAGGUAUAGUGCUUAGCAUCGAUGGAACUGUUAAUUUGCAGCUUAGCCCCAAAAGUGUUGGGCUCUUUGAAGCAUUCUACAACUCGGUUAAACCAAUAUGUCUUCUGCAAUACUUGAUAGACGUAGCUAAACCAGGUAAGAUUCCACCAGGAAAAACAAAGCUACCAUUUGAAGUUCCUUUAAAGCCUAAAAUGCACAGAACAUUGUAUGAAACUUACCAUGGUGUAUACGUAAGCAUCCAGUAUAUUAUCAAAGCAGAGCUGAAACGGUCAUUAUUGAAUAAAGAUAUUCAAAAGAUCUGUGAAUUUAUUAUUGAAUAUAAAAAUGACGAAGAACGUGCUGUGCCAAAACCUCAACCUGUUACAAUUAGCCCAGACACUCUAACUAACAUGAAAGGAAAUGAUAAGAAUAUACCUGAUUUCAAAGUGACUGGUAUGAUCGAUUCCUUAAAUUUAAGCAUUACCAAACCUUUGACAGGAGAGUUGGUUGUGGACUAUUGUGAAACAGCUAUCAAAUCAAUUGAAAUUCAGCUUGUCCGUGUUGAAACAUGUGGCUGUGCUGAAGGUUAUGCUAAUGAAGCAACUGAAAUACAGAAUAUUCAACUGGCAGAAGGUGAUGUUUGCCGGAACCUGUCAAUCCCUAUUUAUAUGAUCUUCCCACGACUCUUUACCUGUCCCACAUUAUCAACUAAUAAUUUCAAAAUAGAGUUUGAAAUCAAUAUAGUUGUUGUGUUCCAAGAUGACUAUAUGGUUACAGCAAAUUUUCCUCUGAAAUUAACUCGAUUCUGAAGAGGCACAAAGACUUCUUAAUAUUAUUAAUGAAAUAAAAUUUCUUGAUGAUACCAUUGUAAAUACAAUAAAAUUCUACUUCAUAGAAUAAAUUUUAAUAUUAAUGAUAUAAAUGAUGAUGGUGAUGAUAAUAUGGUGUUUGAAUGCCUGAAUUUCAGAUUAUUCAAACAAUAAAACAAGUUAAAUUCCUGCUGUAAAAUACUGUUCUAACAAUAUUUCUAUGAAAAUAAAUAUUGAAUAAUUUUGUAUAUUUA